AAACUAGUGCAAAUGGCCUGGCUGAUCCAGAUGCUAACCUGUAGGGUUGCAUAAGAGAGGAAGAGAGGGAUUGGGAAAUUUUUGCAGUAUGGAGCCGGAGGUGGACAAAGAAGACACAGAGGGAGGAUUGCAAAAUCAAAAACCUAACCCUAAUCAGAGCGAAGGAUCAAAAGGAAAGUCAUGCAAGGGAUGUCUCUACUACUCAUCGCUACAAAAGUCCAAAUCCAAAAAACCCACCUGCGUUGGAUUAUCCCAGGCACUUCAAGUACCAAGGUAUGUUGUCGGGGAAACUGAGUUGGAAGCUUCCAGAGAGGGCCGGAGUCUUGCAGAUUUCAAGUAUGCUUGUCUUGGUUACUCAGUGUAUGUGGACAAGAAUAACUCUUCAAGUGAUCAGCAGAAUAAACAAGCAGAAUUGCCGUUUUGUGUUGGGCUUGAGAUAUUGUUGGACAGAAGACCUGCAGACCAUGCUCCUGCACAUGUUCCUAAAGAAGAUGCUCAUGCUCUUCCCCAACCGCAAUCUCGGACCUACAAGCCAGCUCAUCAUAUAGGAGAGGAGUACCUGAACAGGUUUAAAAGGAAUGCAGGCCUGGUAGCAUCAGGGGUGGCCAGGAAUGUGAAUAGAGUGUGCAUCUACGUCAAGGAUAGUUUGGAUGACAUUUUAUACCCUUACCGAAGGCGACCCAAGUAAGAUUUUUUUUAUUUUUAUUUUGACAUCCUGUUCUGAGUAAUAAUACUUUUGUUGAGGAAGGAAUAGGAUGAUCUCUUUCACAGCAUUGUAACAAAUAAAUUAUGGUUUCACUACAAUUUGUAUUUCUCGCUCGACAUUUGUGGUUGUAGUUUGUCUUAAUAUUCAUUAUAAGGCCAUGUUGACGACA